AUGUUGUGCAGUCUCUGUGGGCAAGUGCCAGUCGAGCCCGUGGUGUCGCUCAAGUCGGGCCACGUGUUUGAGAAGCGCUUGGUGCUCAAGUACCUCGAGCAGAACCAACGUUGCUGUCCCAUUACGAAUGAGGAGCUUGACGCGGAGCGGGAUCUGCUCGCGCUACAGACUGCCACGUCGAAAUUGACGGGGGCGAAACCAAACGCGGCGAUCUUGUCGCCUGAAGCAUUUAAUGUCCCUCAAUUACUAAGUACGUUCCAAAAUGAGUGGGACGCCGUGAUGCUCGAGACGUUUACACUCAAGCAACAUCUCGAGCAGACGCGGCAGGAACUGAGUCACGCUCUGUACCAACACGACGCUGCAUGUCGCGUGAUCGCCCGUCUGAACGCCGACAAUGCGACACUCCGCGACCAAGUCGCGCGAUUGGCCACAAACGAAUCGCGAGCGCACAACGAGGUGGACAUGGACGGGCCAAGUGCAACUUCAACAUCUGGGGGGUCUGUUCUGGCGGCCGAUAUACUGACGAUUAUUGAGACGACGCAGAAACAGCUGGCCACGUGGCGGAAAGAUUUUCGAAAGACAGACGGGCCACAACGCGCGGCGCGUCUCACGGAGCUAAACAGCUGGCAAUGCGUGUCAAGUCACACGUUGCACGACGCUGAUAGGUCCGGCGUCACGUGUGUAGCCAUUGACCAGAAACGCCCGACCCUAGUGGCUACAGGAGGCGUGGACAAGCACGUGCAAGUUUUUGACACGCAGUCGCAGCAACUGGUGGCGAAAUUGACGGGUCACGGCAAGAAAGUCAGUCACGUCGAGUUCCAUCCGACAGCCGAUCUGGUGGUUACCGCGUCGCUGGACAAGACCGUGAAGCUCUGGACGGCUCAAGACAAGGGGUACAGUGUGGGGUACACGCUCGACGGCUUUGACGAUGCCGUCACGAGCGUCUCGAUCCAUCCCACAGGCAACUACGUGCUCUCUGGCUCGCUCGAUGCGACGUGGGCGAUCCAUGACGUACGUCGUGGCCAGUUGCUCUCCCGCUACACGCUCAGCGGCGAGCUUGCAAUGCCUGAAGGAGGAGGACGAAGCAAGUCGAAGCACUUGACGGACGAGACGCGGACCGCGCGCUUCCAUCCCGACGGCGGCAUCUUUGGCACAGCAGCUAAGAGCAAAGUGGUGCAAAUGUGGGCUGUCAACUCGCUGUCGAACGUGGUGACGUUCGAAGGCCACGAGGCACCUGUGACGACGCUGUGCUUUUCCGAGAAUGGCUACCACCUUGCAUCAGGAAGCGAGGACGGUGUGGUGAAGCUCUGGGAUCUGCGCAAGGCCACGAGCUUCUUUGAACUGGAUCUGAAGAAAGAGUCUGCGAAGCUCGAGCUUGGAUCUAUUCACUCGAUUAGCUUUGACGCCAGCGGGUCACAUCUUGCCGUAGCGAGUGCACAGACCGUACAGGUGCUGAAGGAAGUAAGCAAGAAUAGCUGGGAGGUAGUCAAGUCGUUCAGCGACCACAAAGCUGCUGUGACGGGCGUCCAGUUCGCGCCGGACUCGAGUUUCCUGGCAUCUACAUCUAUGGACCGCUCGCUCAAGAUUUACAGAUAA